AUGACUCUCCCAGACCUGAAGGAGGAUUUCACGUCGUAUUUGCGCUCUGGCUCUAGUUCCACUGCUGGCGACGACCUCCGUGAGCUGAUCAAAGCUCGACUGGUGAUGGCUAACGCAAGCGACCGAGCAGUUGACACAAGCGUCACGUUCAGGCCUGACAAUGUCACUUUGGCUUUCAGUGACCGCAUCCGGACCUUUGCCUGGUUGGCCGUGCGUCUCUUGUCGGCCUCCCAUGCAACUGCCCGUACCAAUCUUUGUCUGCUGCAUUUCCUUUCUCCUGAGAGGGAGGCUCUGUCUUUGAUUGCUGAAGGUGACCACCAGGCCCGAACGAUUCUGAUGGCAAAUUCCACCAACAGCACCGCCCAAAUUGAAGCCACCAAAAGCAGCCAGCUCUACACUGGCGGGACCCUUUUGAAUUUCCGUCAUGUGUAUGAGGCGUUUUGCAACCUUAGGCUGCUGUUCUCGGUGAUGAUUACUGAUACAAAUGCACCCCUUGUCAUCACCAAGAUGGCGGAGUAUGUGGGCUUGCUCAUGGAUACUGCCGGGAAAGACCUGUGGGAAGUCUACAGGAAUCAUCCCUACCUUGCGGUCCACCCCUGGCAGGAGCUCCAAUCUAUCCUUGUCGCUUUCCUGAAGCCGGCUACCAAUGCUACCUUGUAUGCCUCUGUCAUUGCUGGGACUGGGGUGCAAUACGAAAACUUCCUCGGCGCUAUUGCUACUGCCGACUCCCACAUCCAUGACCUACGGGCCAUUUUGAAUGGGAGUGACCGUGUUCGUGGUGGUGGGCCUGAUCCCACUCCACAGAAGCGUCAGAAGACCGCCGACCCUGGCGAUAACGACCGUAAGAAAACACUCGGGAUGCUCACAUUCGACACUGCUGUCGCUGGAACGAACCGGCUGCCAAUGGUGACUGCCCGGGCUAAGAAACGUGGAGGAAAGACUCCUGAGAGACUCUGCAUGAAGUUCUUGACCCGUGGGUAUUUUUGCCCGGGUGGUCUCGACUGCAAAAUGCCCCACAUUAUUAAUGUGGAUCAGUUGACUGCUGACAACCGAACUAAGCUGGUGGCGUUCGUCAAGAACCAGCCUGGCUUGGGUUGGGUUGCUGGCAAGGCACCCGCUGCAACGUCCACAUCUCUAUGCUUGCCUGACCGGACUCUUCGGAAAGCCCCUGGGCCCCUUUCGUACACUUGUCCCCCGGCCAUGCCUAGAGUUUCCCCAGUGACAGCUGGAACCCCUGAUGCGUUGUCGCAGCACUUACCUCCGCCUGGUCCCCACGUUGUCCCCAAUGACGAUGUCGACGACUCUGUGAUUGGAGAACAGCUGGCGACCCGAAGGGCUGUGGAAUGGUACCCCACGAAGUCCGUGGUCGUCAAGGACGUGGAUGUGACUUUGAAGGAAGUCUUUACCCAGGCGGUACAGCGGCGUUUCCGCCACCAACUUGGUGUGAAGAACCCACUGGUCUUGGCUAAAGUUGACCAACCGUUCGACAAUGAGCCUCCACUCACCUUCGCUGGAGCAGAAUUGGGCUUCAUGGUGUGGUUGUACAACCUUCGUGUGACCUACCCCCGUGAAGAGAUCUAUAUUGCAGACGAUGAUGUGAGUGGGGCUUUCCGGCUCAUGAAGUACCACCCAAACUGUAUGGCCAUGCACACAAGCAUCCAGGCCGGAUAUGGUGUGAUUAAUACUGGUGGGACCUUUGGUGAUAACACUUCCCCGUCCAAUUGGGACACUAUUGGCCAAGCCAGACGCCAAUUGGCUUGGAACCUUUGGUUGGAGGAUCCAACAGUGGAAGCCCGGGUUCUCCCACACAUCCCACCCAUUCAAAUGGCUGAGGUGCCCACAGUUGUGGAGCUGGAAGCUUUCGAGCUUGCUGAUGCUGAUGGCAUCAACUGA